AUGGGGGAGCCCCCGGGAAAGAAGACAAAUCGCUCAGGCUACGAGGGUGACGAUAGAGUGUGGUGUCACGUUUGUGAGAGAGAAAACACUUUUGAGUGCGAGAACCCGAGGAGGUGCCAAUGGACAGAGCCAUACUGCGUUAUAGCGGCCGUGAAAAUAUUUCCACGUUUUUUCAUAAUUUCGAAGCAGUGCUCCGCUAGUUGUGCAGCGAUUGAGAUACCCAAGCCAGAGGAGAAGCCGUUUCUCCUGGAAGAGCCCCUGCCCUUCUUUUACCUCAAGUGUUGUAAAACUCGCUACUGCAAUUUACAGGGGCCGGCUAUCAACACAUCAUCGUUCAAAGAAUAUGCUGGGAGUGUGGGUGACAGCUGUGGUGGGCUGGGGCUGGCCGUCCUCCUGCUGCUGGUCUCCAUUGCGGCCGGCCUUAGCCUGCCUUGAGCCACGGGACUGUCAUGGACUGAGCCUUCUGAAGCAUGGACUCGCUCCAGACUAUUGUCACCUGUUGCAUUAAACUUGUUUUCUGUUGAUUA